AUGUCCCUUGUCAUACGAUGUGUGGAUAUUUCAACAAGUCCAAUAGAGGUGAGUGUGAGUGAGUUCUUGUUAGAAUUUUUGAAGGUGGAUGACACGACGGGAUUGGGACUAUUUGGUGUACUUCAAGAAAUAUUAGUUAGCCUUCAACUUUAUAUUGGUGACUUAAGGGGACAAGGUUAUGAUAAUGGCUCUAACAUGAAAGGAAAAAAUAAGGGUGUGCAAACAAGGGUACUUGAAGUAAAUCCAGGAGCAUUUUAUACGCCAUAUGGUUGCCAUAGUCUUAAUCUUGUUCUUUGUGAUAUGGCCAACUCUUGUUCCAAAACAAAAACUUUUUUCAGAGUGGUACAACGUCUAUAUGUGUUGUUUGCCUCUUCAAUCCCACGAUGGGCAAUUUUAAAAAACAAUUUGAAAGAUGUGAAGAGUCUCCCGCUUAAGUCAUACUCACAAACACGUUGGGAAAGUCGCAUUGAAAGCAUCAAGCCGAUAAGAUAUCAUCCCUCAAAACUAAGAGAUGCUUUGGUAGACUUGGCGAACGACACAAAAGAGUCGAUAGCACAAAGUGAAGCUAAAUCCCUUGUAAAGCACAAACUUGAGAAUUUUGAGUUCUUAUUUGCCAUGGCUAUUUGGUACAAGUUGUUUGUAGUUAACACUGUGAGCAAGUUUCUUCAAAGUGAAGACAUGCACAUAGACCUUGCUAUAGAGAGGUUAAAAGGCCUUAUUGAUUAUUUUGAGAACUACAAAAAAGUUGGUUUUGUAGAGGCAAUGGUUGGUGCUACCGAAAUGGCGAAUGAAAUAGGGAUUGAACUUGAGUUUGUUGAAAAGUGCAUCAUUCAAAGAAAGAAGCAAUUUGAUCAAGAUGUUAGUGAAGAGGUGACACACUCAACUGAAGAAUCAAUGAAAGUGAAUUACUUCUUGGCAAUUAUGGAUAAAGCUCUUUCUUCCUUCAAAGAUAGGUUCCAACAAUUUGAAGUGUAUAAGAAAAAUUUUGGUUUCUUGUUUGAUUUGGAAAUGGUUUCCAAUAUUGAUGGGAGAGAUUUGGCUAUGGAGUUGAAAUGCUUGAAACAAGUAUUGCCAAGAGGAGUGCAGAAACCAAUUGAAGUGCUCAAUUUUAUCAAACUUUUGGCAGACUCUUUCUCAAAUGCUUGGAAUACGUAUAGAGUGCUUUUGACUAUACCGAUUAGUGUUGCCACGGGAAAUGAGGCUUUUCAAUAUUGA